CACAACCGAGGCUUUGGAGGGACACAGGCGGAGGGACAGCGCGACACAACCGGUGGUCCCCGGUGGGGGGUACAACCAGGGCCACAACCGGGGACACGCCACCCGCCGGGACACAACAGCCGUGGCCGGCUGUGGCACAGCGCCCGCUCUGGGUGUUUGUGGGUGUCGUUUGUCACCCUGGUGUCACCCGGUGUCACCCUGUGGCACCGGCUGUGCCGUGGGGGCUGUCACCGAUCGUGUCCCGCUGUGCGGGGCUGGCGGUUGUGUUGUACUUUUGGCCGUGUCAGUCGGUGUCGCGUGUCCGGUUGUACCUCGGGCGUGUCGGUGACGCAGCCCGCGAUGUCACCCUAUGGUGUCACCCUACUGUGUCACCCUACCGUGUCACCCUGUGUCACCUUACCAUGUCACCCUACCGUGUCACCCUACCCUGCCGGUACAACCCUGCCGUGUGUGGGGGACAACCCAGACCCCGCUGGGGAUCAGUGACGGUGACCAGACCCCAGCACUGGGGUCAGCGCCAAGGACAGGCAGACACGGUGACACCGGAGCCCCUUCCCCGCCGCCCCCUCCACCCCAUCCGGAACAGGCCUCAAAGCCUCGGCCUUUCCCAGCGGCCGCGGCCGGGCCGGGAGCGCCGAGAGCGGCCGGGCCGGACCGGCGAGGCCGGGGCUGAGCAGGCCGCGGCCGGAGCAGUUCUUCGGCCAUUUCCGGCACCGUCCGCCUUUGCUUCGGCACCCUCCGUCAGAACUUCGGCUUCGGUCAAUUCCGUCGCUCUCCGGCAGCGCUUCGUCGAUCUCCGCCCGCUUCCGGCGGUACUUCGGCAAUCUCCGUCAGUCUCCGUCAACUUCCGGCAGCCCGUCGCCGACCUCCCUCCGCCUCCCGGUCCCUCACGGCUCGGGCGCCAGGGGCGGGGUUUUAAAAUGAAUUAUUCAUGAACCUAUCCCACCGUGCCGGAAGGGGGGGGCGGGGUCCGACGGCGGCGCGUUCUGCGAGGGCUUCACGGAGCAGCCACCGCUUCCCUCCGCCUUCCCCGCUCCUCGCUCCCCUCACGAACCGCAACGGGACCCGCCGUCCCCUCCCCUUCCCUCCGCUUCUUUCCCCCGCCCCCCCUCUUUUGCCCGUGAAGCGCUUGGUACGCUCCGGCCACGCCCCCUCUGGCGGCUCGCGGGGGCCGAGUCUAUAUAAGGCGGCGCCGGCACCUCACGGAGCUCAGUCGCGCCGUGAGCGCGGAGCCGGCGGAGUGGAGAGGGGGGAGCUCCGCGCCGGGGGCUCCGUGAGGGGCCAGCUCCCGGUUUUCCCGGGGGGGGUUCAAACUCCUCCCGCAGCCCCUCCGUGAGGGGAUCGAUUCCGAGCAGUCGAAGCGGCGCGAGGCCGCGGCCCCACCGGCGCCAUGCACGGCGGGCCGCCCUCGGGCGACAGCGCCUGCCCCCUGCGCACCAUCAAACGAGUCCAGUUCGGGAUCCUCAGCCCCGAUGAGAUGAAACGGAUGUCAGUGACCGAGGGGGGCAUCAAAUACCCCGAAACCACCGAGGGGGGACGCCCCAAACUGGGGGGGCUCAUGGACCCCCGGCAGGGCGUCAUCGAGAGGACGGGGCGGUGCCAGACCUGUGCUGGGAACAUGACGGAGUGUCCGGGCCACUUCGGCCACAUCGAGCUGGCCAAGCCCGUGUUCCACGUGGGGUUCCUGGGAAAAACCAUGAAAAUCCUGCGCUGCGUCUGCUUCUUCUGCUCCAAGCUCCUCGUGGACUCGAACAACCCCAAGAUCAAAGACAUCCUGGGCAAGUCCAAGGGGCAACCCAAGAAGCGGCUGACGCACGUCUACGACCUGUGCAAGGGCAAGAACAUCUGCGAGGGCGGCGAGGAGAUGGACCACAAGUUCGGCGUGGAGCAGCCCGAGGGCGACGAGGACCUCACCAAGGAGAAGGGCCACGGCGGCUGCGGGCGCUACCAGCCGCGCAUCCGGCGCUCGGGGCUGGAGCUCUACGCCGAGUGGAAGCACGUGAACGAGGACUCGCAGGAGAAGAAGAUCCUGCUGAGCCCCGAGCGCGUGCACGAGAUCUUCAAGCGCAUCUCGGACGAGGAGUGCUUCGUGCUGGGCAUGGACCCCAAAUUCGCCCGGCCCGAGUGGAUGGUGUGCACCGUGCUGCCCGUGCCGCCGCUGUCCGUGCGCCCGGCCGUCGUCAUGCAGGGCUCUGCUCGCAACCAGGACGACCUCACUCACAAGCUGGCCGACAUCGUCAAGAUCAACAACCAGCUGCGGCGCAACGAGCAGAACGGGGCGGCCGCGCACGUCAUCGCCGAGGACGUCAAACUGCUGCAGUUCCACGUGGCCACCAUGGUGGACAACGAGUUGCCCGGCUUGCCCAGGAGCGUUCCCCGCUCCAUCGCCGCCAACAUGACCUUCGCCGAGAUCGUCACCCCCUUCAACAUCGACAGCGUUCCCCGCUCCAUCGCCGCCAACAUGACCUUCGCCGAGAUCGUCACCCCCUUCAACAUCGACAGGCUGCAGGAGUUGGUGCGCAGGGGGAACAGUCAAUACCCGGGGGCCAAAUACAUCAUCAGGGACAACGGGGACAGGAUCGACCUCCGCUUCCACCCCAAACCCAGCGACCUCCACCUGCAGAUCGGCUACAAGGUGGAGCGUCACAUGUGCGACGGGGACAUCGUGAUCUUCAACCGGCAGCCGACCCUACACAAGAUGUCCAUGAUGGGCCACAGGGUCAGGAUCCUGCCCUGGUCCACCUUCCGUCUGAACCUGAGCGUCACCACGCCCUACAACGCCGAUUUCGACGGCGAUGAGAUGAACCUGCACCUGCCGCAGUCGCUGGAGACGCGGGCGGAGAUCCAGGAGCUCGCCAUGGUGCCCCGCAUGAUCGUCACCCCCCAGAGCAACCGGCCCGUCAUGGGCAUCGUGCAGGACACGCUGACGGCCGUGCGCAAGUUCACCAAGAGGGACGUCUUCCUGGAGAGGGGCGAGGUGAUGAACCUGCUGAUGUUCCUGUCCACGUGGGACGGGAAGGUGCCCCAACCGGCCAUCCUGAAGCCGCGCCCGCUCUGGACAGGGAAGCAAAUCUUCUCCCUCAUCAUCCCGGGCCACAUCAACUGCAUCCGCACCCACAGCACCCACCCCGACGACGAGGACAGCGGCCCCUACAAACACAUCUCCCCCGGGGACACCAAGGUGAUCGUGGAGAACGGGGAGCUCAUCAUGGGCAUCUUGUGCAAGAAGUCCUUGGGGACGUCGGCCGGUUCCUUGGUGCACAUCUCCUACCUGGAGAUGGGCCACGACACCACGCGCCUCUUCUACAGCAACAUCCAGACCGUCAUCAACAACUGGCUGCUCAUCGAGGGUCACACCAUCGGCAUCGGUGACUCCAUCGCCGACGCCAAGACCUACCAGGACAUCCAGAACACCAUCAAGAAGGCCAAGCAGGACGUCAUCGAGGUCAUCGAGAAGGCCCACAACAACGAGCUGGAGCCCACGCCGGGCAACACCCUCCGGCAGACCUUCGAGAACCAGGUCAACCGGAUCCUCAACGACGCCCGCGACAAGACCGGCUCCUCGGCCCAGAAGUCCCUGUCCGAGUACAACAACUUCAAAUCCAUGGUGGUCUCGGGGGCCAAGGGCUCCAAGAUCAACAUCUCCCAGGUCAUCGCCGUGGUGGGCCAGCAGAACGUGGAGGGCAAACGGAUCCCGUUUGGCUUCAAGCACCGGACGCUUCCUCACUUCAUCAAGGACGAUUACGGCCCCGAGAGCCGCGGCUUCGUGGAGAACUCCUACCUGGCCGGUCUCACCCCCACCGAGUUCUUCUUCCACGCCAUGGGUGGGCGGGAAGGUCUCAUCGACACGGCCGUGAAGACGGCCGAGACCGGCUACAUCCAGCGGCGUCUGAUCAAGUCCAUGGAGUCGGUGAUGGUGAAAUACGACGCCACCGUCAGGAACUCCAUCAACCAGGUGGUGCAGCUGCGCUACGGCGAGGACGGGCUGGCCGGCGAGAGCGUCGAGUUCCAGAACCUGGCCACCCUCAAACCCUCCAACAAGGCCUUCGAGAAGAAGUUCAAGUUCGACUACACCAACGAGCGGGCGCUGCGGCGAACGCUGCAGGAGGAGCUGGUCAAGGACAUCCUGUCCAACGCCCACAUCCAGAACGAGCUGGAGCGCGAGUUCGAGCGCAUGCGCGAGGACAGGGAGGUGCUGCGCGUCAUCUUCCCCACCGGCGACAGCAAGGUGGUGCUCCCCUGUAACCUGCUCCGCAUGAUCUGGAACGCCCAGAAGAUUUUCCACAUCAACUCCCGGCUGCCCUCGGACCUGCACCCUGUCAAGGUGGUCGAGGGGGUGAAGGAGCUGAGCCGCAAGCUGGUGAUCGUCAACGGGGAGGACCCUCUGAGCCGGCAGGCGCAGGAGAACGCGACGCUGCUCUUCAACAUCCACCUGCGCUCCACCCUCUGCAGCCGCCGCAUGGUCGAGGAGUUCCGCCUCAGCGGGGAGGCCUUCGACUGGCUGCUGGGCGAGAUCGAGUCCAAGUUCAACCAGGCCAUCGCCCACCCUGGCGAGAUGGUGGGCGCUCUGGCCGCUCAGUCCUUGGGCGAGCCGGCCACUCAGAUGACCCUCAACACCUUCCACUACGCCGGGGUGUCGGCCAAGAACGUCACGCUGGGUGUCCCCCGCCUCAAGGAGCUCAUCAACAUCUCCAAGAAGCCCAAGACGCCGUCGCUCACCGUGUUCCUGCUGGGCCAGAGCGCCCGCGACGCCGAGCGCGCCAAGGACAUCCUGUGCCGCCUGGAGCACACCACGCUGCGCAAGGUGACGGCCAACACGGCCAUCUACUACGACCCCAACCCUCAGAGCACGGUGGUGGCCGAGGACCAGGAGUGGGUGAACGUUUACUACGAGAUGCCCGACUUCGACGUCAGCCGCAUCUCGCCCUGGCUGCUCCGCGUCGAGCUCGACCGCAAGCACAUGACCGACCGCAAGCUCACCAUGGAGCAGAUCGCCGAGAAGAUCAACGCCGGCUUCGGCGACGACCUCAACUGCAUCUUCAACGACGACAACGCCGAGAAGUUGGUGCUGCGCAUCCGCAUCAUGAACAGCGACGAGAACAAGAUGCAGGAGGAGGAGGAGGUGGUGGACAAGAUGGACGACGACGUCUUCUUGCGCUGCAUCGAGUCCAACAUGCUGACGGACAUGACCCUGCAGGGCAUCGAGCAGAUCAGCAAGGUGUACAUGCACCUGCCGCAGACGGACAACAAGAAGAAGAUCAUCAUCACCGAGGACGGGGAGUUCAAGGCUCUCCAGGAGUGGAUCCUGGAGACCGACGGCGUCAGCCUCAUGCGGGUGCUGAGCGAGAAGGACGUGGACCCCGUGCGCACGACCUCCAACGACAUCGUGGAGAUCUUCACCGUGCUGGGCAUCGAGGCGGUGCGGAAGGCGCUGGAGCGGGAGCUCUACCACGUCAUCUCCUUCGACGGCUCCUACGUCAACUACCGGCACCUGGCGCUGCUGUGCGACACCAUGACCUCGCGCGGCCACCUGAUGGCCAUCACCCGGCACGGCGUCAACCGCCAGGACACCGGGCCCCUCAUGAAGUGCUCCUUCGAGGAGACGGUGGACGUCCUGAUGGAGGCAGCUGCCCACGGCGAGAGUGACCCUAUGAAGGGCGUGUCCGAGAACAUCAUGCUGGGCCAGCUGGCCCCGGCCGGCACCGGCUGCUUCGAUCUCCUGCUGGAUGCCGAGAAGUGCAAGCACGGCAUGGAGAUCCCCAGCGCCCUGCCCGGCCUCGGCGUCGGCGGCCCCACCGGGAUGUUCUUCGGCUCGGCCCCCAGCCCCAUGGGGGGGAUGUCCCCGGCCAUGACCCCCUGGAACCAGGGGGCCACCCCCGCCUACGGCGCCUGGUCCCCCAGUGUGGGCAGCGGGAUGACCCCGGGCGGGGCCGGGUUCUCCCCCAGCGCCGCAUCGGACGCGUCCGGCUUCAGCCCCGGCUACUCCCCGGCCUGGUCACCAACCCCCGGUUCCCCGGGGUCACCGGGACCCUCCAGCCCCUACAUCCCUUCCCCCGGCGGGGCCAUGUCCCCCAGCUACAGCCCGACGUCCCCUGCCUACGAGCCGCGGUCACCGGGGGGCUACACCCCACAGAGCCCCAGCUACAGCCCCACGUCACCGAGCUACAGCCCCACGUCGCCGAGCUACAGCCCCACGUCGCCCAACUACAGCCCCACAUCGCCCAGUUACAGCCCGACCUCGCCCAGUUACAGCCCGACCUCGCCCAGUUACAGCCCCACGUCGCCCAGUUACAGCCCCACGUCGCCGAGCUACAGCCCCACCUCACCCAGCUACAGCCCGACAUCGCCCAGCUACAGCCCGACAUCGCCCAGUUACAGCCCGACAUCUCCCAGUUACAGCCCGACCUCGCCCAGUUACAGCCCGACCUCGCCGAGCUACAGCCCCACUUCUCCCAGUUACAGCCCCACCUCUCCCAGUUACAGCCCCACCUCGCCCAGUUACAGCCCCACCUCGCCCAGUUACAGCCCCACCUCGCCCAACUACAGCCCUACCAGCCCCAACUACACCCCGACAUCUCCCAGCUACAGCCCCACCUCUCCAAGUUACAGCCCCACCUCGCCCAACUACACCCCAACCUCGCCCAACUACAGCCCCACCUCGCCCAGUUACAGCCCCACCUCACCCAGUUACAGCCCCACCUCGCCCAGUUACUCCCCGUCCAGCCCCCGCUACACCCCGCAGUCUCCCACCUACACCCCCAGCAGCCCCAGUUACAGCCCCAGCAGCCCCAGUUACAGCCCCACCUCCCCCAAGUACACCCCGACCAGCCCCAGCUACAGCCCCAGCUCCCCCGAGUACACCCCGACCUCGCCCAAGUACAGCCCCACCUCGCCCAAGUACAGCCCCACCUCGCCCAAGUACAGCCCCACCUCGCCCACCUACAGCCCCACCACGCCCAAGUACAGCCCCACCUCGCCUACCUACAGCCCCACCUCGCCCGUCUACACCCCGACGUCGCCCAAGUACAGCCCCACCUCGCCCACCUACAGCCCCACCUCGCCCAAGUACAGCCCCACCUCGCCCACCUACAGCCCCACCUCGCCCAAGGGCUCCACGUACAGCCCCACGUCCCCCGGCUACAGCCCCACGUCGCCCACCUACAGCCUCACCAGCCCGGCCAUCAGCCCCGACGACAGCGACGACGACAACUGAGCCCCCCGCAGGGCGCGGGGGUGACCCCCACAUCGAUGUGGGGUUGGGGUUGUUGGCAUCCCCCGAAAACCCCCGAGGCCUUGGGGACGACCCCCAAAUGGAUUCGGGCUCGGGGUUGUUGUCACCCCCCAAAAACCCCACAUCAAUAUGGGGUCAGGGUCGUUGUCACCCCCCAAAAGCCCCUGAGGCCGUGGGGGUGACCCCCAUGUCGAUGUGGGGUCGUGGUGGUUGUCACCCCCCAAACCCCCCUCACAGGGCCCGGGGGUGACCCCCACAUCCAUGUGGGGUCGGGGUUGUUGUCACCCCCUGAACCCCCCCAGGCCAUGGGGGUGACCCCCAAAUGGAUUCGGGCUCGGGGUUGUUGUCACCCCCCAAAAACCCCACAUCGAUGCGGGAUCAGGGUUGUUGUCACCCCCCAAAAACCCCCAAGGCCGUGGGGGUGACCCCCACAUUGAUGUGGGGUUGGGGUUGUUGUCACCCCCCAAAAACCCCACAUUGCUGCGGGGUCGGGGGUGUCACCCCCCCCAAACCCCCAAGUUCCAAUGGGGUCGGGGUCGUUGUCACCCCCAAACCCCCUCCCCGCAGGUUGUGGGGUGACCCCCAGUUUCCGAUGGUGACGGGGUUGUCACCCCCAAACCGAAACGGGGUCGGGGUCGUUGUCACCCCCAAACCCCUCCCUACAGGUUGUGGGGUGACCCCCAUGGAUAGAGGGACGGGGUUGUUGUCACCCCAAAACCCCCACACUAAAAUGGGCUUGGGGGUGUCACCCCCCUCCCCCAAACCCCACAAGCCACGGGAGUGACCCCAAAAUUGAUCCGGGGAUGGGGUUGUCACCCCCCGCCCCCC